UUCUCCGGUGAGCGUUUAAUUUGAAACACCUAACCAUGAAGCAAACCAUCGAACAAUUGGCAGAUGCCGAGCUAACGGAAAACAUGCUGAAGAUUGCGAAACGCGAACUGCGUGAAGAUAAAUGCUCGCGAGAACAAAGUCUGGAACAAAUGCGCAACUGGGUACUUAAACACGAAGACUUACGAAAUGUACGACUCGACGAUCAAUUUCUACUACGUUUCCUGCGUUGCAAGAAGUUCAGCGUGCCUAUGGCGCAGCAGACACUACUCAAAUACCUGAAUGUACGACGCACUUUCCCGCAUAUGAGCACACAGUUGGACUUUCUAGAUCAAAAGUUGAAUGACAUUAUCAGCAGCGGCUACAUCUUCGCCACGCCGAAUCGUGACAAGCACGGACGUCGUGUUGUGGUCAUCAACGCCAAAGGCUUCAAUCCAAAGAUCUAUAAUAGUAGUGAUCAAGCGCGUGCACAUUUUCUCACCUACGAGUGUCUCAUGGAAGAUCAAGCUACACAAAUUUGCGGACUUGUUCAUGUCGGCGACUUUUCCGGUGUCACCACAACACACGUGACCAAUUGGAAUCCAACCGAAUUUGCGCGCGUCUUCAAGUGGAGCGAACAAUCGCUACCGUUGCGACACAAAGAAAUCCACUUGGUCAAUGUGCCAGCGACGCUGAAAUGGUUGAUCGAUUUCGUAAAGGGGCGUGUCAGUUCGAAAAUACGCAAUCGCCUCACACUCUAUACACAAGACAAGGAAUUGGCAAAACAUGUUGAUCCAGCUUGCCUGCCACAAGAAUUGGGCGGUCAAAUGCCGCUUAAAGCGAUAGUUGAACUGUGGAAGGCGGAAUUGCUCGCCAAGCGUGAAACUAUACUCAACUUGGAUAAGAUUGCGCUCUUAAGCGACCGCGGCAUCUUGCGCAAAAGUAAUUACAGUAGCGAGAAAAGCAGCAACGGCAUGAAUUUCGUGUCGCAGAUCGAGUCAAUUGAGGGCAGUUUUCGAAAGCUGGAGUUCGAUUAAGCUUUCAAGGGAAGUGGGUUAUAGGUUGCUAACCGAAAGUGGUGAUGUGUUCGACGUUUGAGCCAAGCUCACAGAUGCUGUGUUGAUGUGCGUGUUGUGUUAAUUUACAUUACUUAAUGUUUAAGUUUAAGAGUUUUCGAAGAGGAAACAAUUAUAAACGAUUUAGCUGGCAGUCAGAGAAGCGCCUUGUGGAGUGAACGCUCCAUUUGGUGGCUUUGUUUAGUAUUAACUAU